UGUGGCCCUCGCCACUAGAGGGCGCUGCAAAAAAGCCAACACUGAAACACAAAAAUCCACUUCCUGCCUUGGAACUUUCCUUGUUUGAGCUCCGCCAAGAUGGCGGAGGUCAUGCUUCGUUGUGGAAGAGGCACUUUGAACAUUUCACCCAAAAUAUGCAACUGUUCACGGUGGAAACCUCUUGGGAAGGAAGGGGAAGGUACGAUAUGUUCAUCUUCGUUAUCCAGCGCGGUUUUAUUAGUGGAUUUUAAACGUGACAAAAUAUUUAGAGCUGAUAAGUUGAUAGUUUCACGGGACCCUUUCACAACACCUUUGCAGUGUGUUGCCCAUGACGUCAGUAGACGUAAUAUGACUUCCACGACAGUCCACGGACAUAGACAUGGCUCUCUCAGGCGUAGACCAAGAGAGUAUCCCGUGUCUUUCUUUCCACAGCGGACCGCUUGGGGCCACUUGACGCUCGCCAGGAUUUACAACAGCAAUGGCGGUCGAGAGGAGCCUCUUUACAGAAGCAAAACAGGCUACUAUGACAUCCUCGACGUACCCCCCAGUGCCACGCAUGCUCAGAUUAAAACUGCGUACUACAAGCAGUCCUUCAUCUACCACCCAGACAGAAACGCCGGCAGUGACGCGGCUACUGUUCGAUUCUCGGAGAUUAGCGAGGCCUACAGCGUCUUGGGCAACAAGGCACUGCGGAAAAAGUACGACCGCGGCCUGCUGAGCCAGCUCGACCUGACCGGCACUACCAGACCCUCCGGUAAGGACACAAGUGGGAGCGCGGCCACGUCGCAGAGCGACAGACGGCGGUCUGUCAUGGGACCCAAUGGCAAGGGGGGCAUGUUCGACUUCGACGAGUUCCUCCGCUGUCAUUACGGCGAGCAGCUGAAAAGAGAAAGAGACAUAAGGAAACGACGAGAGGAGAUCCUGAAGGAGCAGCAGAAGACGAUGACUGAGAGGAACAAGAACGGUGUGAUGGAGGUAGGCAUGUUUUUGAUGCUCGUGACAGCAGUUUGCCUCUUCGCCACCUCCAAGUGACUAAAAGUGGACAUUUGGAUUGGAGGUAACCCAUCACACCCACUUACAAACAUCUGCUUAAUGUCAGUAAAAUAAAAAAAAGGCAGACCUCCGCCAAAGUUAAAAUGUUUGCUUAUCUGGUAGCAGGAUACUUCCGGGUUGUGGGUCAAAAUGACGAGAGGUGGAUUAAACAAAAGUUUCCAGCAGACCUUUGCACGUAAUGUACUGUGUAUAUACUGUAGCUAUGUUUUAUUUAGUGCUAAAGGUGCCUAUGUAUGAGGACAAGCGGCAUAGAAAGUGGAUGGAAGGUUCCUAUUCAGCUAGAGCAGCGGUGGACAAACUACGGCCCGGGGGCCACAUCCAGGCCGGCAAACAUUUUAAUCAGGCCCACCAGAUGCUUCCAAAGUAUUUAAUAUAAACUUUUAACAUACGACUUGCAAGUAGUCAGAGUCGAUCUGAGACAAUAUUUUGAUUGCGAGCCAGACAAACUACCUCACCCACGAAGCCAAACAAACAAGUCAACACAUACACUUAACCUGCACACUGCACUGUCUGGGAAAUUAAAAAACAAGGACAUUCACAUACUCUUAACAGUCAAUGUCUAUUAUUUUAACUCAAUGAGGCUCGCGAGUCAAAAAGUUUGCCCAUUACUGAUAAAUCAAGGUUGAUUUUUUUUGUUUUUUUGCAAAAUGAAUGCUGUUGAACCAAGGUUAAUCUUGUUCUGAUCCAAUUAGGCAAUGUAAACCCAUGGAACAGAUUCAGACUAUUAAACUGGAUUUCAAGAAAGUAAUCAGUUUUCUUGCAAAAAUGUUUCCCAUUUACAUUUUGGCAUCAAUGAGAUUGUUAAAAAUUGAUUUUGAAAUGAAUGUAUGCCGUUUCAGAGGCUUCCAAACCAAAUGUAAUCUGUCUCUUAUUCAGAUUGCGCAGUAUAAACUUAGUUUGGAUGUGUAUCAGCCUUUUCAGAGGUCUUUUUCUUGUUUUAAUUUAAACUAGACCAUUAUCUGCU